ACCGUCCUUUGUACUCCAGUCACGCCACACGCCACACCGCCUCGACAGAAUGACCACCACCACCACAACCACUCCCUCGGCCUCAGCCACCGAAGCGCUCGCAGACUUAGUCGCCACGACCGUGAUCCGCGCAUUCACCGCGCUGCCGCGGAAGUACCAGCCGCGCGAGCGCGAGUGGGUUCCGCUUUCGGGGGUGGUGCUUGAGGACGAAUGUGGAGAGAUGUUUUGUGCUGCGCUCGGGACCGGAAUGAAGGUGCUCCCCGAGAAUAAGGUCCCGCUGGCGAAGGGGUGGGUGCUGCAUGAUUGCCAUGCUGAGGUCAUCGCGAUCCGGGGGUUUAACUGCUUCUUAAUCGAAGAAUGCCGUAAACUGUCCCACUCGAAGGACUCGGAAUCCUACGUUUCCGCAUACGUGCAACGCUCGACAUCGAUAUCACCAGCACAGCCACAGCCAUUCGAGAUCCGCCCCAGCAUCAAGAUCCAUUUCUAUUCUUCCGAGGCGCCGUGCGGCGACUGCUCAAUGGAGCUCCUGAUCGCCUCGGCAGCGGACCCAACGCCUUGGGUUCCCACCGUUCCCGCCGUCCCCACUCCCAGCACCCCCACCACCAUCUCCAGCACUCUCACCUCCACCGCUGUCCCCCCGCACCUCCGCGGCCGCGGCUACUUCUCCUCCCUCGGCGCCGUGCGCACGAAGCCCGGGCGGGCCGACAGUCCACCAACCCAUUCCAAAUCCUGCAGCGACAAGCUGUCCCUGCGCUGCUGCAUCUCCCUCCUUCUCACACCAGCAUCCCUCCUCCUCUCCCCCGCGCGUGCGUACAUCGACACCCUCGUGCUCCCGUUGGCGGCGUACUCCACCUCUGGCUGCGCGCGCGCGUUCGGCGCGGCGGAGACGGGAAGGAUGGCGCCGCUGCUGGGGCGGGAAUGGGGCGGCGGGUAUAAGUUCGCGCCGUUUGAGGUGGCGACGACGACAAGGGAGUUUGCGUUCUCGAGGAGGGCGGGCGCAGGGCCAAACGCGUGUAAUCUGGUCGCUGUGAAGGUCGCGGGCAGGGGCGAGGAGGUGCUGAUUGGUGGCGUGUUGCAGGGGAGGAAGGCUUUCGGCGGGGAUGUGGUGGGGGACAGGGAGAGGGAGAAGGCGGGGAGUAUGCUGUGUAAAGCGAGGAUUUGGAGGGCGGUUGUUGAGGUGGGUGUGCUGCUGGGGGCGGGGGCGGCGGGUGUGUUGGUGAACGGCGGGAGCGGGAGCUACGCUCAGCUAAAAUCCGCAUCACCCGAGCGGGCGGUAGUAAAGCGCGACGUUCGCACGGCAUUAGGCGCCUGGAUCCGAACGGGCGGCGACGACUUCUCACUGCCACCACUGACCCCUGCCACCUAAUCCACACACCCCAACCCCGCAUCACCGCUUCGCAGCCCCAGCCCCAGCCCCAGUCCCGUUCUCCUUCUUUGGCAGCGAGUCGCGGUCGAGGAUCGUCUGCAGCACCUGCCGCUCCGACAGCUUCUUUUCGAUCUCUUCGCGGAAGAGCUGUUCUUCGCGCUCGAUGCGCGCGAUGGCUGCGAGGUGCACGGAUUUGGGCGUGGGCAUGGAGGGGGGGAUGCUGGGCAUAUUGUCGGUGUUGGGGGUGGUGGUGGGGAUGGUGAUGAGGGAAGUGGUGGUGAGGGAUUCGUGGCCAUUAACUACCUAUGCAGAGUAGUUAACUAGGUGGUUGGCUGUGAUGGCUCGGUCGGGCGGUGGGGAUGUUGGUGAUGGUAGGGUAAUCUGUGUUGUCAGG